AAAUUUCAGUCGUAUUCGGGAGAUACAUGACGUUAAACGAUGUUUCGCGUCGCCCUAGCCACUGCCACCACCGCCGCCGCCGCAAUUUAAUUGAUCGAAUUUCUCCGAUAACUUGCGAUCUUUUUUAUAUUCUUGUUUGUCCUAAUAUAUCUUGAGAUCGUUGUCGUUUGGCGUGUACUUACCUACCUAUAGAUUAACUAAACAUAUCUACUUACCUACAUGGAAUUUAGAUUGCUUUCAAGUGCUAACCUUAAUUUGUUUGUAAUUUGUAUUCUCUUCAUUAAUUUGUUUUCUAUAAGAGCGCGCUUUGAAGUACUUUAUUAAUCGGUCCAACAAAUAGGGACUCUGCUUGCCUUUCAUAGGCUCCCUCUAUAUGUUCAGUGAAGUACCAAAGUGUAAGAACUUUGUUUAUUCUAAUUAGUCCUUCUACCUACAUAUACAGCUGGGGCUUCCGUCCCGCUCGUCAAUAGAAAUAUUGGUAUUGUUGUUGCUGUGUUUACUUACUGCAGUACACCAACAAUAAUGAAAAUGAACUCGUUCAACACAAAUGCACAUGGCUUCCGGUCUUCCAAACGGAAAUGCUCUUCUCUCACUGGUUGUUUGAUAUUUGUCCUUUUGAUGUCACAGACUUCCUGUCGGCCAUCCGAGACCGACAGUGACAAUAGUCACAGCGAAGAAAUAACAUACAACGACCAAGACUACAUGGAUGCUGAUGAUUUGGAUUGGAAAACCUUUGCAGAUGUCGAAACCACAUCGAAAGUCCAUCCGAUUAUAUUCUACAAGGAGGACAUUGUCAGCGAGGAUUAUGACCCGAGCAAGGAGAAGAAAAAGACGCACGAGAAGCAUCAUGUUAAAGAAAUUAAGAAGCACCAAGGGCAAAAGAAUAAAAAAAUAUCUAGACGCCACAAUCAAACUGAAAGCAUUCGAUAUAUAUCACCGGAAAAGGUAUAUUUUGACAUACAUCCAAUUGAACACAACGUCAAAGAUGGAGGCAGCAGUGAAGAUGAGAGCAGUUUCGACGAAGACGAUAUUCAUGUUGAAGUUAUAUCUCUUGUUGAUGGGAAAAUCUUGAAUACUAAAAAUACACCGUCAGCUGAAGACCAAUCCUAUUCGAAAAGUUUACUAAAUAAAAAUCCAAACAAAAUCAAUCGUCGGAAUCGCCGUGACGUCACAAAGAAAAAUGAGGAUGCGACAAUUAAUGUUAGCCUGCGUCAUAAACGCAACCCUUACUACCAAAGAAACUCACACUAUGCCAAUCAAUUGCCACAUUACCGAGGGGUAUCCUUCCAUCCUCAAUUAGUAUUAUACCCUAUUAAUAUUAAGACCAGCAGUGGUGUAAAGCACCCAAUUAAAUCACCCAACUACUACAACGCAUAUUCUCCGGGUGGCGGAAAUAUUAUUAACAGAAGACCAACCCCUGCCAGACCGAUCCCCGGCGGAGACCCAGAAAGUUUGGAUAAUCGCUUUGAUUUAGACAGACCAGUUUGGCCGAUCGAAAGUAAUACGACCAGACCUGCUACUACUCAGGCACCACCGAUGAGAACAAUUCCACCAAGGAGAACACCUCCCCCAAUUCUUCAAUUUGGUGAUGAGGACUAUGUUACAUCAGCUCCACCUGAAAAUCGGAACACACAGUCUGGGGCCGUUGCGCCAAGCGGGUUCUCAUCAGCGAGUUCAGGAUCAUGGUCCGAUUCAGCUCCUCGAACAACUCUACGUCCUUCAGUACAAUCAACAUUCAGACCAGCAGUAACAUCACGGCCACCAGCAGUAGCAUCACAACCAUCGGCAUCUCGAGGCAUUUCGUCCUGUAUUUGGGCGAUAACAUCAUGCUGUACUUCUAGCGAACAAAUUCGUUACCAAUGUUUUGAAAGGUUAGGUUGCUCAGGUGCAUUCUGGGACCUAAAUCCAUGUGCGGAUGACAUCCUUCGACUAGCCGUCCAAGCUGCUGAUCAGUACCUCGACUAGGAAACAAUGUUUUUUUUUUUGUUUAUUUUGAAACAUGCGGAAUCGUAACUUAUUUAUUAAAAACAAAACGUAUUUUUGUAUGUAUUUAAGUGUAAUUUAGAUAUUUGAUCAUGCUCUUCCGACUUAUAUGAUUAAUGAUAGUAAAUAUAAUCCGAGAUAAUCACU